UUAGCUUUUAGCUUCUAAUCUGUUCGAUACUUUUAGCUAACAUUUUACCCUCUUAAGAUUUUAGUUAGCCUGUAGUUAGCUUUUAGCUUCUAGUUUGUUUUUUGGUACUUUUAGCUGGUGUUUUCCUGUUUUUAACUAAUUUUUCUUUUUAUUUUAACUUCAGCAGUCCUUCAUGACUCUGUGUUUUCGCUGUAUUUUUGCAGAAAGUGUAUUUUUAUCAUUAUUCUGGGUGCAGUUAGGCAGCUCUCUGUCGCCCUCUAGCUGCGGUACUCCUGGGACUCCAAGCUGAUGCGGGGUUUGAUGGCGUCGGUCAGCGAGACGCCGGAGAUCGUCCUGGCCAGGGAGAAUGCCAAGAAGAUCAGCGACGUCCAGUACAGAGAGGAAGUGGGUCAUGGUACCGCCAUCAAGGACACACCUGAAAUGGAGCGCGUCCGGCGGAACCAGGAGAACAUCAGCUCGGUGAAGUACAAGCAGAGCCCGGUGAAGCCCACCUGUGUUGGAGUGACUCCAGAGGUGGAGCGGGUCAAACAGAACCAGCAGAACAUCAGCUCGGUGAAGUACCAGCGUGGUUUGCAGGAGCUGAGGGGGCGGAGCUGCACGGAGCUGGACACACCUGAGUACAGGCGGGUCAGGAGGACCCAGGACUCGGUCUCCAUGGCCAAAUACCACGAGGACUUUGAGCGGACGCGCGGCCGAGGCUUCACUCCAGGAUUGGACGACCCKGGCAUGGAGCGCUACCAGAGAGCCAAUCAGAUGAUAGGAGAGGCGGGCUACAGCAAAGGGAUCCACCCCCAGGCAGUGGAGCUGGACAGAAGACCAGGAGGCAUCAUCGUAGAUCUGAAGGUUUGGAGGACAGAUCCAGGCUCCAUCUUUGACUUUGACCCUGUGGAGGACAACAUUCAGUCCAAAAGUCUCCGCAGGAUGUCCGAGCGAGCGGACCUCAGGCUGAGCGGGCAGCAGUCUCAGUCUGUCAGCUCCUUGACCUCUGACCUGUGGGACCACAGCAGCACCGACACCUCUGCUCCCGUCCUGCCCGGAGCGUACCACCAUCAUCAUCAUCAUCAGGGCGUCCCGAUGCAGCAGCAGCAGCAGUAUCACGGCUACAUGCAUCAGACCAGCAUGUCGUCUGUCAGAUCUGUCACCUCGCCGCCACACUCCGCCUCCACCCGGGUUUACCGAGCGCUCUACGACUACGCGGCUCAGGACCACGACGAGGUGUCCUUCAGGGACGGCGACGUCAUCGUCAACGCUCAGUCCAUCGACGAGGGCUGGAUGUACGGCACCGUGCAGAGAACCGGCAAGUCCGGGAUGCUGCCGGCCAACUACGUGGAGUGCUGCAACUGAGGAGACGAGACCUGGAGGGAGGGGUCGGGUCAGCGUCAGCCCGGCAGACGUUAAGYUGUUCGGCACAUUCCACUUCCUGUUUCUUUCAAAUAAUCUCCAGGUUUGAAGCUGUUUAAACUCUCGGAGCCCAGACCACGGCCCCCCCACCGCCGUGCCCCACAGUCCUGCUGUCCAACACUUCAUCUGAAACAGAUAAAACUGGAGAUUCUUUCAAAGAAACAGGAUUUGUUUUCUUCUACAAACUGUGUGAAAUGCAGCGAACAUCACAGACGCCGGGUUUGUUCAGGGGGAGGAGCUUAAAUCUCAGUAAUUACAUGUUUAAUCCUCAGUAACAAUCUGAAUCAGGUGAUUCUGUUUGAAGUCAAAGUCUGGUGAUAUUUAAACAUUUAUUAUCUAAAUGCUGCACAUUAAAAAAAAA